UUUUGUCCAGGGGGAGAGAGCAACAAACGCAACAAAUGUUGGACCGGACAGGUUGGUGUAUUCAGUUCAGCGGGCACCACAAGACAAUGAAUUUGCCUUAUUGAAACAAAGGCCAUGUCGGGAUGUUCCUGCAAUCAGUUAAAUAUAUCUAUCAAACCAAUUGUGUCGUCUAUUUGUAGCAACAUUGUACGCAUUUUGAUGCGAAGUGUAACAAUAAUGAAACAACCUGGGGAAAAGUAAUCAAUGUAAGAGUUUUGUAUAUUUUUUUCACCCGACUUUUCGUUGAUUUCACGUUGAAUUCGCGUUAGUUGAGGGAACAUGUAAAGAGAAAGACAAUUAACCAAUAAGUCAUAAGGACACUUAUUUUUCCGUUCUAAUUGUAGGCCAUAGCCAUAUGAAAAUGUAUAGCCUCAUGCAGAUUUGGUCCCCCAAUGCAAAUGCUAAAUGGCAUCAACAUGAUGGGACUGCAUAGGUUGGCGGUCGUUUCAAAAAUGUAUUUCAUAAGCGACAGCACCAGAACAGCCUGAAAUAAAAUGAAUAAUGCACGCCACACAAAAUUAUGAGAGACAGAUUGAGACGAGGAUAGAGUAGAAAUCAGCAUAAAUUCGGAUGUAAAAUCAGAGUGAGGAGCCCAUAUGCGGUCUGGUAGCAGCCAGUGAGCAGGUGUUUGGGUGCGAUGAAUAGAGAGAGGAGAGUGGGUGAUUCUCCCCCCUCCACCAUGUGAUGACGGUCAGACUGACUGUAUCACCGGAGCGAUGGUUUUAGUCACUUUCAACAGCAACUAAACGGCAACAGUAGCACUUGACGUAAAGCCUCCACCACAGAACCGGAGCAGCACGGCGCUCAGAACAACGGGACAUGAAGUUGGUCCCACAUCCAAACAAUUUUGGUACCAAACACACAGAAUGGAAAUAGACUGCAGGUUGGAUGGAGUGAGGAUGUCGACGGAAUAUGUCGCCUUGAUUCUUCGACUGUAAUUUCUAGCAGUCGGUGACAGCAUCUCUCUGAUUUUGAAUUUAAAUGCUUUCGGUAAGGAGAGUUAUGACAAGAGUUGCUGCAGGGUGCCGCAUUGCCUGCCCGCUUGGAUAGUGUAACGCUUUUAUGGUAAUUGUAUUAAUGGCAUUUUGGGUGGGGAUGGACGAUAAUGGCUGUCUUGCAAUUGUGUGCUUAGGCUUUCAACAUAGCCAGCAACAUAUUUAGACCUAUUUGGGAAGUCAGCCACAGCCAGUGUUGUGACUGAAUUGAGAGCUACAAAUGUCGACGUAUGAAAAUAAACUUGGAAACAGAAGUCAAAUGUACGGUACAGGUGGAAACCAAAUGGAGCUGUCCAAAAAGUGAACACAGUCAAUGUUGCUAGCACCUUCCAUCAUACUCAGGGAAGCAGGACGAUAUCUGAAGUCAGGCUUUGAUUUUAGGGUCCUGGUUGAGAAGGUCCAAUAGACCUGUACGUGACGCAUUCAUUGUUGGCGACUUUUUGGCUCUAUCUACGGUAACAUUUUUACCUACCAUUCAAAAUUGGCCGUGGACGUUGAAGCAAGAACGAUGACUCACUUACAAUCCGGUUUGUCCCCAGAAACACUGGAGAAAGCCAAGGUGGAGUUAAAGGAGAACCCCGACACUGCACAUCAGGACAUUCAGGAGGUGAGGGACAUGAUUAUCACGCGCCCAGACAUUGGCUUUCUUAGGACAGACGAUGCUUUCAUCCUACGCUUUCUCCGAGCUCGGAAAUUUAACCAUUUCGAGGCGUUCCGCCUCUUGGCCCAGUAUUUUGAGUAUCGUCAGCAAAAUCUGGAUAUGUUCAAAAACCUAAUAGCAACCGAUCCAGGCAUCAAGCAAGCUCUCAAAGACGGAUUUCCGGGGGUGUUGACCAACUUGGACAGAUAUGGCAGGAAAAUACUGAUUCUCUUCGCUGCUAACUGGGACCAGAGCAGGUAUACAUUUGUGGACAUACUUCGAGCUAUCCUGUUGUCGCUGGAGUCCAUGAUAGAAGACCCAGAGCUACAGGUGAAUGGAUUUGUCCUGAUCAUCGACUGGAGCAACUUCACAUUCAAGCAAGCCUCCAAACUAACACCGAGUAUGCUGAGACUGGCCAUAGAAGGUCUACAGGACAGCUUCCCUGCCAGGUUCGGAGGAAUCCAUUUUGUGAACCAGCCGUGGUACAUCCACGCCCUGUACACCGUCAUACGCCCCUUUCUGAAGGACAAGACGAGAAAACGGAUCUUCAUGCAUGGGAACAACUUGAACAGCCUUCACCAGCUCAUGCACCCUGAGAUCCUGCCCUCUGAACUGGGUGGGAUGAUGCCCCCCUACGACAUGGGCACCUGGGCCCGCACCCUUCUGGACCACGCCUAUGACGAGGAGACUGAGUACUGCCCCGAGUCCUACACCCUGUCUGUCAAAGACCUUGAGAAAGACAUGUCUCCUAAAACCAUGAAGAGGUCCCAGUCGGUGGUGGAGCCCGGAGUGCUUAAACGGCCAGAAAAAGUGAAGAGCGAGGAGGAGAACAUGCAGCCGCUGCUCUCGCUGGACUAACGUACAGCGUGACAACACAAGCAGACCAGGAAACAUCGCCCUCAGACAGAAAGACAGAGGGGAGACAAUCCCCAUGCUCCCUCCAACAACAAAAAAAGAACACAGAGACGUAACGAUGCGAGGGAAGAGAUCGGAGCAUGAGGAGAACCUCUUCUGGCAUCAUAAAGACGAACAACGCCGGCAUUUUGAGAGAUAUUUCUAAAAACAAAAAGGGAAGAGAAGCUAAUGGCGGAGGUCCAAAUGUUAUUGUCAAGUGCCAAUUCAAAACUGUAAAUACACUUCCGAUCUAAACACUAGGAGGAUGGGGGAGUCAUUGUGACAGGAAAACAUGCAAAGACUGCUGUUAAUAUUCUGUAUGUGCUUCUCGUGAAAUAUUUUGUGAUAAAAGUGGUACCACAGGAGGUUGAUGGGAAAUCACGCUUAAAGGGGAUUGAAAGCUGGGGGCUUUUGGUACAGUAUUUAACAUUUCCAAACCGGCAAGUGCAGCUCGGGAUUUGUUCUAAUAACGUUUUUAUUUAUUUAUUUUUUAUUUUACAUUUAACCUUUAUUUAACUAGGCAAGUCAGUUAAGAACAUAUUCUUAUUUACAAUGACGGCCUACCGGAGAUCAGUGGGUUAACUGCCAGUAACCAUGAAAACAUGACAAAUGUCUCAUAUUUUGAAAUGAUUUAGUAUCAGCUAUUGGUUCAGCUCAGAAGAGGUAACAGUGUUGUCACUGUGUCAUGUGAUUCCAAAAAUGUGUUCCUGUUCAAGGAUUAUCUUGAAACGAUCUGUUUCCAUAGGAGAUGUUGCCCACUACUGCACACACCUACUUGAAAAUCAAUUUAGAUACACUAUUUAAAAUAUAUAGAUAUUAUUAUUAUUAGAAUACCUCAUAUCUUAUUUUAGGAUGCUGGAAGUUAAGAUACAGUAUAAUGUAUACAUAUGAUAUCAAGCUUUUGUGAUGUCUGCAGGGGUACAGUCAGUUUAUGCCACUGUGUGAUCUUCCGUUGCUAGCUCCUUUGUUUCUCCCUGCAUGGCGGUGAACCUCGAGGCAGUGUUCAGCUCUGGAGCCUCUGAGCCCUGACACAGUGCUGCCUUCCUGCUAUGCCACUAACAUGGAUUCACUCUGGCGUGGCUGCCUGGCUGCCCAGAACUAGGCCAGACAGAUCGACAGUCCUAAUACCCAGUGAUCACACGGUCCAGGCAAUAUCAUCUCCAGCUCGAUAACCGAGGAACUUAUGCUCUCAGCUGCUGCAGACCCAGGAACCUCUUUGGUUUCUUUGGUUAAGGGAGGGCGCCGUUACAGCUUGUCAGUGUCACCCAGUCUGUCUGUAGUGACCAUCAGGUAGCGAUGUGUGAGAGGCGUUGCAAUAACCCGAUAGCUGAACAAUGGUAUUGUUGUCCGAAGCCUCAUUGAUCGGAUGCUGCUGUCUGUGUGUUUCACCCAGGUUUAAAGUAUUUCAUGUUUUUAUGUGAUGUUCGUCAGUAUUUGAAGGCAUCCAUGACUCGUUUGGCCUGUGCACUAUUCAGAUCAUCCUACAAUACAGGAUGAUGGUGCAACAACAGCAGCAGCUUUUUUGAGGCUGGAACACACGUUUGAGAAGUGAACAUGUUAAGCAUCUGUAAUAUUCUUCCGACUGUUUUCAUGUAUGCAGACUUGCCAUUUCAACCAAAGCCCCCCUUUGACAAAACAACGUCUUUAUUGUGUAAUGCUUUACUUCAUCCAUGGCUUCAAGGUACAGUAACGACUUCUUAUGACAGUUAAUAAUUGUUCAUGAAAUGAAUGCAUGUUAUUGCUUCGAGUUAAUCCUUUGGUUUCAUGUUUCCAUGUCAAUUUGAUUGUAUAUACUGUACACUAUACUGUACACUACUGAUCUGAAUAGUGCACAGGCCAAAAUAAAUUUGCUUUUCUUUCAAAAACGAGGACAUUUCUAAGUGACCCCAAACUUUUGAACGGUAGUGUACAUGUAGGGACAGAUAAGAGAGAAACUCAAAUUAGAGGUCUCGUCAAAUCACAGAUUAUUCAAAGCAGACGUGUUGGGAAGAGUGUUUAAUGUUUAAAUGUCCUUGAAAACAACUUGCUGAAUUAAAUUAUGUAAAUUAAUCAAACAUGAGCAACCAAUAAAUAUGGACACACAGGUUGGUAUCA